CAAAAUCACUUUAAUCAGAGUGCUGGUUCGGAAUAGACAUCGACUGACUUUCUUACUUUUUAUUGUAUCGGUUAAAAUUCUCAAUGUGUCACACAAGCUAGCCGGACAGAUUGCUGAACGAAAAAACGAAAAAGAAAAUUCAUAGUAUUAUUUCAUUGGUUGGCCCAACCACAGAAUCCAGUGCUAAAUCACAAUGGCCAAGGACCAAGAAGGACACACGUACCAACCAGCCGCCCUGGAGUCCACGGAGGAUCCAAAACAGGAGCAGCGUGCCCGCCUCAUCAAGGCUUUGAGUCGCUUCAAGCCCCGCGAUGCCAAUCCGCUUCAGUUCUACAACUGCGUCCGCGAACUCUGCAUCAUGCACAAUUGCAGCAUCGAUGAGGGCCUGGAACGAGCGGCCCUAACUUGGCCAGGACUCAGCAUGCGCCAGCGGGAGCUAUACGAUUCGCAACGCCAUGCCGAGCUGCCGAUCCCUGUUCCACGUCACCUGAUCUACCGCGCCUUCCAGAAGGAGAGCGAGGGUCUUUGGUCGCUGGGCCGCUCCUCGGCGGGUGGCAAGCAGAGCACCCGCUAUACCCUGGAGUCCUACAAGCCGCCCCCCAAGCCGUCCCGCCUCAAGGCGCAGCUGAAUGAGCGGCGGCCCAAGUACGACAAUCUACUGGAUCUGCCGCCGAAAGUGGCAGCUAUGCGGGUGCCGCCGGAGCCGAAUCGCAAGUUUUCCAGGGUAUCACCAGCUUCCGGUCGCCGGAUACGCAGCUUAACGCCCCCGGCCGUAAGGCGUGUCCGAUCCAUCCGGCAGAUUCUGUCGAUAGCCAGUGUGGACAUAAAGAAGUGCGCACGGAUGCGGAUUCUGGGCAAAGGCAAUCGAACCAAGAAAACUGAAGCCGUUGAAGCCGGCAAAUUGCAGCCGGAUAAAAAACUGGCAUCCGGAAUUUCCAAGCUGCCAAAGAAGAAGACAAUCAAACGCAAGGGCGUCGCUUCCAAGGCAAAGCGAUUGGCCAAGAUUAAGGAUCUGCAGACUGCGCAGAACUGGGAUGAGGCCAUCGGAUGCGUUCGCCGGCGUCUCAUGAUGCACAAGUCCUUGAAGGCCAGAUCCUAACUAUAUCCAUACACCACACACGAGUGCCAGUAAGUGUAGUUUUUACUUGUUGAAGGACAACUUCGUUGUCCUCAAUCGAAAGACAGAUUGCUAGUCUUGCGCUCUAUUAAGGCAACACGAACCCCAUCAGAACACAAGAUGUUAAAUUAAAAGUAUGCAUUUAGUAUUCAAAAUGUACGAUCUGAAAUGUGGCCUAUUAAAACGUAAGACUGUA